UUUAUGUGGUGACAGGUGAUAAAUAGGGAGAGGUUCUCUCAUCCGACGGACGAGGCCGAAUAACAGUCAACAAUUUCAGCAGUGAAUUGCAAAAUUUUCCCGGGAAAGUAAUUUGAUUCCGGCGAGAAAGUUUCUUCAAUUCUACACCUGCUCCGAUUACGUCUCCAUUCAUUGAAUCAAUGGUGGAGCUCUAGUUUUUCCUCUCCCAACUGAUUGAGAUUCAUCGGAGCCUGAACAAUUCCUUGCUCUGGUUUUGCGCAUGGAGAUUAGCUACGCAUCACCUAGCGCGUCUAGUCUUGCUUCCUCUAAUUCUGCCCUUUCAUCCAUGCCUUCCUCCACCCGACCGGUCAAGGUCAUUCCCUUGCAGCAUCCUAGUACCACGUCGUCCUCGCCGGCCGGUGGUUAUUCCGCUGGCGUUCUGGUGAAGAAAUGGACGGGGAAGGUUAAGCAGAUGACUUGGAUUAACUGGAUGGAGCUUCUGCUACCGUGCUCGCGUUGGAUUAGAACGUAUAAAUGGCGGGAGUAUUUACAGAGCGAUCUCUUGUCCGGGAUUACCAUUGGCAUCAUGCUCGUUCCGCAGGCAAUGUCUUAUGCGAAAUUAGCCGGGCUUCAACCAAUAUAUGGACUUUAUUCUGGUUUUCUCCCUUUGUUCGUCUAUGCAUUUUUUGGUUCUUCUCGUCAGCUUGCUGUUGGUCCAGUAGCAUUGGUUUCUCUCCUGGUUUCUAAUGUCUUGGGUGGAAUUGUCAAUUCAUCUGAGGAACUAUAUACUGAACUUGCGAUAUUAUUGGCACUCAUGGUUGGAGUAUUGGAAUGUGUGAUGGGGCUCUUGAGGCUUGGGUGGCUUAUUCGCUUUAUCAGUCACUCUGUAAUCUCUGGCUUUACUACAGCUUCUGCCAUUGUGAUUGGAUUAUCCCAAGUGAAAUACUUUCUGGGGUAUGAUGUAUCAAGAAGUAGCAAAAUUGUGCCUCUAAUUGAGAGCAUAAUAGCUGGAGCAGACGGGUUCUUGUGGGCACCGUUCAUAAUGGGAUCAGUUAUCCUUGCAGUACUUCAAAUCAUGAAGCAUCUGGGAAAAACAAGGAAGCACUUACGGUUUCUCAGAGUUGCUGGGCCCCUUACAGCAGUUGUUAUGGGUACAACAUUGGCGAAAGUAUUGAAUCUGCCAUCCAUUUCAUUGGUUGGAGACAUUCCCCAAGGCCUUCCGAAGUUUUCUGUUCCUAAAAGUUUUGAGCAUGUGAAGUCGUUGAUUCCAACUGCCUUUCUGAUCACAGGAGUAGCUAUNUUGGAAUCUGUUGGGAUUGCGAAAGCAUUAGCAGCCAAGAACGGGUACGAGUUAGAUUCAAAUCAGGAGUUAUUUGGUCUUGGAGUAUCCAAUGUUGUUGGCUCGUUCUUUUCAGCAUAUCCCACAACAGGUUCUUUCUCAAGAUCAGCUGUGAACCACGAAAGUGGAGCAAAAACUAGCUUAUCUCAGAUUGUUACAGGAGUCGUUAUGGGCGGUGCCCUUCUUUUCUUGACUCCAUUGUUUGAGCACAUACCUCAGUGUGCUUUGGCCGCCAUUGUGAUUUCCGCUGUAAUAACUUUGGUGGAUUACGACGAGGCUAUUUUUUUGUGGCGUAUAAAUAAGAAAGAUUUUCUUCUUUGGGUGAUUACUGCCAUUACUACGUUGUUCCUUGGUAUUGAGAUUGGUGUCUUAAUUGGGGUGGGUGUUUCACUGGCCUUUGUCAUUCACGAAUCUGCAAAUCCACAUAUGGCUGUAUUGGGGCGUCUUCCUGGCACAACUGUGUACAGAAAUAUUCAACAGUAUCCUGAGGCAUAUACUUACAAUGGAAUUGUGAUUGUUCGGAUUGAUGCACCAAUUUAUUUUGCAAACACGAGUUACAUCAGUGACAGGCUACGUGAAUAUGAAGUUGAAGUGGACCGAUCUACUGGUCGUGGGCCAGAUGUUGAAAGAGUCUAUUUCGUGGUUAUAGAGAUGGCACCUGUUACUUACAUAGAUUCAAGUGCUGUCCAGACUCUAAAAGAUUUGUAUCAAGAGUACAAACUUCGUGAUAUUCAGAUUGCCAUUUCCAAUCCGAAUCGAGAUGUUCUACUUACAUUUUCAAGAUCUGGCGUUGUUGAGCUUAUCGGGAAGGAGUGGUUUUUUGUUAGAGUUCAUGAUGCAGUUCAAGUUUGUCUUCAGCAUGUGGAGAGCCUAAAGGAAACAACCACGAGACCAGUUUCUUCUCCAAAUGAUGCAUCGACCUAUAUCCAAAGGUUAGUGAAGUCUAGAAAUGAGGAUUUAUCAGUGAGCCAAUUAGAGUCAGGCUUCCAAAAGCUUCCAAGUUCUAAUGAAAUUGACCCUCAAUUGGAACCAUUACUGUCUCGAAAUCCUUGAAAAUGAUUUGGUCCUUAGUAAUUUUUUAUUCGCAUGCGUAGGAUGUCGAUUAUUUUGUAAAGCCGUGCAUAUGUAUGCUUUUAUUGUCCCAAUUUACUUUGUGUAUGUAAAUCGAAUUGUGGUGGUGAUAUUGAGAGAAAAAUUAGUCUAUUUUGUAAAGAUUUCGAGAUGAAUUCGGGUUGAUUAUGAAUUCAGUUUGAUGUAUGCUACGAACAGCCAAAAAGUGGAUAUGGUUUGAUAUUAUGAAUGCUAAUGCAAUUGGGUUUUUUAA